AUGACAUGUAAUGAUAUAAUUCAUUGCCACGAUUGGUCAAGUGCUCCAGUGGCAUGGCUUUACGAAGAGCAUUAUGGACAGUAUGGUCUUACUAAUGCUCGUGUUGUUUUCACUAUUCAUAAUCUUGAAUUUGGGGCAUAUUUCAUUGGAAGAGCGAUGGCAUUUGCGGACAAGGCUACAACUGUUUCCUAUACGUAUUCAAAGGAGGUUGCUGGAAAUCCUGCAAUUGCUCCUCACCUGUACAAAUUCCAUGGUAUAUUGAAUGGGAUUGAUCCGGACAUAUGGGAUCCUUUUAAUGAUAAGUUCAUUCCUGUAUCUUACACAUCAGAAAAUGUUGUAGAAGGAAAACGAGCGGCCAAGGAAGCCUUACAACAAAGGCUUAACAUAAAGAAAGGUGAUUUCCCGGUUGUCGGAAUAAUUACUCGCUUAACUCAUCAGAAAGGCAUUCAUCUCAUCAAGCAUGCCAUUUGGCGCACCAUAGAGCGUGGUGGACAAGUUGUUCUGCUGGGUUCUGCUCCGGACCCGCGCAUACAGCAAGAAUUUGUUGAUCUGGCAAAUCAGUUGCAUAAUAUGCAUCAUGACCGUGCUCGCCUUUGUUUGACUUACGAUGAACCGCUUUCACAUUUGAUUUACGCUGGCUCAGAUUUGAUUCUUGUCCCCUCAAUAUUUGAACCAUGUGGCCUUACGCAGCUUGUUGCUAUGAGAUAUGGUUCAAUUCCCGUUGUUCGUAAAACAGGAGGACUUUACGAUACUGUAUUUGAUGUUGAUCAUGACAUAGAGAGAGCAAAAGCGCAGGGUUUGGAACCGAAUGGAUUCAAUUUUGAGGGAGCUGAUCCUGCAGGUGUCGAUUACGCUCUUAAUAGGGUGAUAUCAUCUUGGUACGAUGGAAGGGAGUUGUUCAACGGAUUACAGAAGCUCGUGAUGGAACAAGACUGGUCUUGGAAUCGACCAGCCCUCGAGUAUUUGGAGCUUUAUCACGCGGCACGCAAGCAAUGAGGAGGUCAAUAUCUCUUGGGCAAACAAGUUUAGAACACAGAUAUCUACAGAUUGUACAGGCUCAGUAAUUUAUUUGCUGAUAAGUUUUUGUGAACUCAAGCUUAGUCUUGAAUUUGAUAUCAUAUUCAUGGAUCAUAAUAAUGUGAAAUACCAAAGUGUUUGGUAUACACUUUAUAAUUAUUAUACAAUAAAUGGAACAGUUCUUCAUUAUCAAUAAAAAUGAUUCAUUU